CUUUAUUAUGACACGAACCAGAGAUACCAGGUAUAAUAAAUUAUUGUAUUAAAUAAUUUCUGGUUUCUGUUGAUGACAAUAAAAUGAGUAUGAAAAAUGAUAUUACAAAAAUGUUUAAUGACAUGAGUGAAGUAAAAAAUAUAUCCAUUGUUUUUUUGGGAGUGGAUAUAGUUUUAUCUAUUAAAAAAUAACUGAAGAUCUUCCGUAUAGAUCAGGGGUUCCCAAACCUCUUUUGUCUACUGCCCACUUUGAGAAUAAAUUAUUUUUAAUCGUACCCAUUUUGUCAUACCUAAAAACCACUAUAGUGAGAGUUUAGUCGGUGUCUAAUCCUCUUGGAUGAAUUUACAAAUCGCCUCCCAAGCUUCUUCACAACGCUCCAAUUUUUUUUCUGGGUCUUACCGCCCCCCUUUAGGCCUGCAGCGCCCACAAGGGGGCUUUAUCGCCCACUUUGGGAAAGGCUGGUAUAAAUGUUAAGUCAUGUGAUUGAAGUGGUGUAUUUUGUGAUACAUAUCACCUAUUUGUCGCAUUAGUAUAUCAAAAAUACAAUCUGCUAACGCAUUUAUCUGAAUUUAUCUUGACGGUGUUAAGAUAUAUAUUCCACACGGAUGGAAGCUGCUACACAAUUUUAUUAUACAGCUAGUUGUGCCCAGUAGGUUAACGGUUGAAUUGUUCUUCUAAUAGUCUAAUAAUAAUAAUAAUUUAAUUUAAUAUGAAAGCUCUUGUGGUGUUUUUUUGUCUCAGUUUAGCAAUGAGAUACAGCACUUGCGUACCUAAGCAAAGGAGAACCUUUCCUGAAGACUUUAUAUUCGGCGUUUCAACAGCGUCUUAUCAAAUUGAAGGUGCCUGGAAUUUAGACGGAAAAGGAGAAAACAUUUGGGAUUAUCUCACCCACAAUCAUGUUGAAGCAAUAGCAGAUCUUAGUAAUGGUGAUAUUGCUGCCGACUCAUACCAUAAUUAUUUAAGAGACGUGGAAAUGUUGAGAGAAUUGGGCGUUAAUGCUUAUCGUUUCUCGUUAUCAUGGUCGAGGAUACUCCCAACCGGCUUUGCCAACUAUAUCAAUAAAGCGGCAAUCGAUUACUACAAUAAUUUGAUAAAUGAACUUCUCAAAUAUAACAUUAAACCGGUGGUCACUUUGUAUCAUUGGGACUUACCACAGAAACUUCAAGAAUUAGGAGGUUUCGGAAAUCCAUUGAUCGCGGAUUGGUUCGAAGAUUAUGCCCGCGUAGCCUUCCAAUAUUUCGGCGACAGAGUAAAAUUUUGGAUUACUAUUAAUGAGCCGAAAGAGAUAUGCCUGGACGGAUAUGGAAGUACGGCUAAAGCCCCUAUGUUAAAUGAAUCAGGGAUCGGAGAGUACAUUUGCGCUAAGAAUCUGAUCAUAGCACACGCCAAAGCCUAUCAUGCGUACAGUAAUGACUUUAAAGCCACGCAGGGAGGAGUAUGUGGCAUAACGUUUAGUGUCAGUUCUGCUCAACCACUUACGAGCUCUGAAGAAGAUGCAAUUGCACUUGAAAUACACAACCAGGGUGAAUGGGCUAUAUAUUCCGAUCCGAUUUAUUCAAAGGAAGGUGGUUUUCCCAAGGAGUUUUCUGAACGAAUUGCAUUAAAAAGCUUGCAGCAAGGGUACCCUAGAUCUCGAUUACCUGCGUACACCGAAGAAGAAAAAGACUUUGUUCGCGGUACAAGCGAUUUCUUUGGUGUGAAUCAUUACAGCGGCUCUCUCGUGUCUGCAGUUACUUCUAACAAUUUUGUAGUCCCGUCAUUCAAUGAUGAUGUAGGUGUCAGUUAUUAUACGCCCGAGGAAUGGCCUCGAUCAGUGUCUAGUUGGCUUACGCAAAUGCCGAAUAGCUUGAAUAUAACUCUUACGCGUUUGAGGGACAGAUAUGACAAUCCUGAAAUUUAUAUUACUGAGAACGGAUGGUCGACGUAUCAAGGACUAAAUGACGACACUAGAGUCAAUUAUAUGAGAGCCGCUUGGGAGAGUGCGUUGGAUGCGCUUGAUGCCGGAAUUAAUUUGAAGGGGUACAUGGCCUGGAGCCUAAUGGACAAUUUUGAAUGGAGGGAAGGAUAUAGUGAAAGGUUCGGUUUGUAUGAAGUGGAUUUCGAAGAUCCGGCCCGCACUCGUACUCCAAGAAAAUCCGCUUUUGUCUACAAACAACUGAUUAGUACAAGAGAAGUUGAUCACGACUAUGAUCCUGACUAUCAGUCUAUUAUGACCAUCAACGACUCGUGAAAUCAAAAUUUAAUUUGUAAUUAUUUGUUUAAUACGUACGGUCUAAAAUAAAAAUUAAAAAAACUAACAAAAUACGCUUUUAUAGAAAUUCCAACUAAAAAAUAGAGAAUAAAUUAUAAUAAAUUUGAAUUAAAAAUAGUGUAAGAAAAAAAAAAAUAGUUGGAUUUUCUACAAAAGCGUAUUUUGUUAGUUUUUUAAAACUACA